UCGCCGCCAUGUUUCCAAAUGGAAUAUCUCCCAAGCAUUAAGCAUAAUUAUCAGGGUUUGCACUGCUAUAACAGUGCUGAAACAUACUCUAAUUUGUCACCAGGGGUUUGAGGAAAGCCAUUUGGUUGAUGCUGCGGCUGUGGUACCUGCAUAUUCUGUAAUUGUUUGAUUCAACAACUGGGGUUCACAAUGCACCAUGGAAGUGGACCCCAGAAUGUGCAGAGGCAACUUCAGAGAUCAAAGUCCUUCACAGGCUCUGAGGCUGAGGAGCAGGCCCCAGCAGUGGCUCAGCAGCAGUCCGGGCCAGUCAACCUGCCCCAGUCCCCAGCACCAUCCUUUGCCCCCGCUGCCAGCCCCUCUGCUCCACAGUCCCCCAACUACCAGAUAAUCAUGAGCCGCAGCCCUGUUACUGGCCAGAACAUGAACAUUACCCUUCAGAAUGUGGGCCAGAUGGUGACGGGCAACCAGCAGAUAACCCUCACCCCUCUGCCCCUGCAGAACCCGGCCUCCCCGGGCUUCCAGCACCCGGCCCCUCAGUGGCGGUUUGAGCACGGCUCCUCCUCCUACAUCCAGGUCACUUCCCCCCUGCCGCAGCCCAUGCAGCCCCAGAGCCCCACGCAGCACAGCCCCGUGGCCCUUCAGGGGGUGCCACGGCCUGGGGCCUCCGGGGCGGGGCUGGGUGUGUGCGGGCAGAGCCCCACGCGCUUCGUGGAGACCGGCAUGCUGGUGAGGCAGAUAAACCUGGGCAGCCCCACCACCGGCAGCCAUUUUGUUUACCAGGAUGGCACGGGUCUGGCCCAGCUGGCCCCCACCACGGCCAGCCAGGUGCAGCUGGCGUCCCCCGGCGCCCCAGGCUCCGUGCGCGAGCGCAGGCUGUCCCAGCCUCACUCCCAGACCGGCAGCACCAUCCACCACCUGGGGCCCCAGAGCCCGGCGGCCAGCGGAGCGGCCUUGCCCACCUUGGGGAGCCCGGGCCACAUUACCACCUCCAACCUGCCCCCUCAGAUCAGCAGCAUCAUCCAGGGGCAGCUGGCACGCCCCAUGAUUUUUGAGAAGACUUCCCAAGGCAUGAUGUCAAGUGUCGGGGCAGCCACGACAGCCACCUUUGGGAUACCCAGCGCCAUGCCGCCCUCCAGUCCGUCCCGUACCAAUCCCCCCCAGGGGCUCUCCAACCCCCCUCUUACCCCCACCGGCACAGCUGUCGGCAGCAUCAAGAAACAGCAGCCCAAGAAGCUGGAGGAAAUCGCGCCCUCCAAUCCGGAGGUGGCUCGGCUGCGGCUACAGAGCCUGGAACACCACAAUAAGAAAAUGGAGGGCCUUAAGGACGUCUUCAAGGAGUACCUCAUAGAGCUAUUCUUCCUGCAGCACCUUCAGGGCAACAUGAUGGACUACCUGGCCUUCAAGAAGAAGCCCUGUGUGCCGCUCUUUACAUAUUUAAGACAGAACGACCUGGACCUCGAGGAGGAAGAGGAAGAGGAGCAAUCUGAGGUCAUCAAUGAUGAGGUCAAGGUGGUGACUGGGAAAGAUGGUCAAGCAGGAACGCCGGUUGCCAUAUCAACGCAGCUCCCUCCCAAUGUGUCUGCGGCCUUCUCCGCUCAACAGCAGCAACAAUUCCAGGCACACCAGGGAACAUCAGGUGGAAACCUCACAAAUCCAGUCGACAUUGAAGUAAUGAAAAGGCAGCAGGCUUUGGCACAAGCAGGAGGGAUGCCCCCCACCCCACAGGCGGUCCAGAUGGGGGGGCAGAAGCAGAACCAGCAGCAGUACGACCCGUCCAAAGGGCCGCCGGUGCAGAACGCGGCCAGCCUCCACACCCCCCCUCCCCAGCUGCCCGGGCGCCUGCCCCCCGGAGGCCUGACCAUGGCCAUGCCCCUGGCCCUGUCCCAGCAGCAGCUGGUGGAGGCGCAGGCCCAGCCCGCCGCCCAGCUCCAGGGCCAGGUGAAGGCCGGGGCGCCCCUGCUGGCCGCCGGGAACCCCCACACACAGCUGCAGGCUCAGCUGCAGCAGCACAUGCAGUCGGGCCUCCACAUACAGAUCCAGCAGCAGCAGCAGGUGCAGCCCCCCCUGCAGCCGGGCCCAGCGACGGUGGCCCUCGUGCGUCCCGGAACAGACCUCUCCCAGUCCUGCCAGAGGCUGGUGGCUAACUCUCUCCCGCCCUCCUCCAUGUCCCCCGCCCCUGUUACCACGCCUGCCUCCUCACACCCCAUCUCCCACCCCGUGGGCCUGGGCCGUCCUGCCUCCAGCACCACCCCCGCUGCCCAGUCCAAGCUGACUGGGGCCAACACCAACCCCCUGCUCAAGAUGUCCAGCUCCGCUCAGCCUGCCCCGGAGAGCUCCCAGGACAAGCAGGCUGAGCAGGCCAAGCUGGAGAACCAGGUGCACCAGCGCAUCGCCGAGCUCCGGAAGGAGGGCCAGUGGACGGCCAGCCGGCUGCCCAAGCUUCUGGAGGCUUCCAGGCCCAAGUCCCAGUGGGACUACCUGCUGGAGGAGAUGCAGUGGAUGGCGGCUGACUUUGCCCAGGAGCGGAGGUGGAAGAUGGCUGCCGCCAAGAAGCUGGUGCGCACCUGUGCGCGUUACCAUGACGAGCAGAGGCAGGUGGAGGAAAGGGCCAAGAAGGAGGAGGAGGUGAGACUGCGGCACAUCGCCAGCACCAUCGCCCGGGAGGUGGAGUUCUUCUGGUCCAACAUCGAGCAGGUUGUUGAGAUUAAACUCCGGUUUGAAAUAUAUGAGAAAAGGCGGAAAACUCUCAGCCUGCAAAGAGGAACAAAUAAAGGACAAAGCGUGAAAUCGGCUCAGAUCCCUGGGGAGAAACCUGAAGAUGAACCCCGUGCUGAAUCGUCUACCGGCAGAAAGCGAAAAGCGAGUUCUUCAAUAGCAGAUGAAGAAGUGGAGGACGAGGAGAGCACCAUAGAGGAGCAGGAGGCCAUGGAGGCAGUGGGAGACCAGCAGACAGAGCUGGCAGAUCUCACUAAAGAAGCGGAGAUGCCCCUGGACGCCCUGAUGAAGCAGUACGCCGGGGCAUACGCAGAGCACUUCGACUGGCCCCAGCCCACCUCCCAGAGCGACGAUGAAGACAAAGACGAAGAGAUGGAGGAGUCCAUCCUGGACAGCCCCCACGAGGCCGUGCUGAUCGACUCCCUGCUCAGCGUGGAGCAGUACCGCGGGGCGGAGAAGGUCACCUCCGUCGGGGCCGACGGCAAGCCCAAGAGGGACAUCGCAGAGGUGGCCGCGGCAACCGAGCUGAUCCUGCCCAAAGGCAGCGCCAGGACCAUCAACGCGGCCCGCAACCCCGCCCCGUUCUUGCUGCACGGCUCGCUGCGGGAGUACCAGCAGAUCGGCGUGGACUGGCUGGUCAACCUCCACAAGAAGCACCUGAACGGCAUCCUAGCUGACGAGACCGGUCUCGGCAAGACUGUGCAGACCGUGGCCUUCCUGGCCCACCUGGCCUGUCAGGAAGCUAUCUGGGGUCCCCAUCUCGUGGUGGUGCGGACUUGCAAGAUGCUGAGCUGGGAGAUGGAGUUUAAACGCUGGUGCCCCGGACUGAAGAUCCUGCUUUAUCUCGGAAACAAGAAGGAGCGCAAGUUUAAGAGAACGUGGUGGUCGGAGCCCAACAGCUUCCACGUGUGCGUGACCUCUUAUAAGCUGCUGCUGAAGGACCAGAGGGAGUUUCUGAAAAGGAGGUGGAAGCACCUGGUCCUGGAUGAGGUGCAGCUCAUUAAGAACAUGACGGAGAAGCACUGGGACACCAUCUUUUCCCUUAAGAGUCAACAGAGGCUCCUUCUGAUCAACACUCCACUGCAGAACACACUGAAAGAGCUGUGGACCAUGAUCCACUUCCUGCUCCCCGGCAUCACACGGCCAUACCUGGACUUCCCCGUCAAGGCCGGCACUGACCAGAACCAGGACUACUGCCACAAGCUGGUCAUCCGCCUGCACAGGAUGAUCCAGCCCUUCAUCCUGAGGCGCUCCAAGCGGGACGUGGAAAAGCAGCUCCCCAAGAAGUACGAGCACAUCCUCAAGUGCCGCCUGUCCAACCGGCAGAAGAACCUGUACGAGGACGUCAUGACCCAGCCAGGUGCUCAAGAAGCCCUGAAGACAGGCCACUUUGUGAGCGUGCUGCAGGUUCUGAUGCAGCUGCAGCGGAUCUGUAACCACCCGGAGCUGGUCCAGGCCCGAGAGACCCAGAGCACGUACGUGUGCCAGGCCCUGGAGUACAACACUGCUUCCCUGGUCCUUGGUGCCCUCCAGCGGGAUCCGUGGAAGACGGUGGACCUGUCCAUAUUCGACCUGAUCAGUAACGAGAGCACGCUGACGCGCUACGAGACUGAGGAAGCCGUGCCCAAACUGAAAAUGUCCAGGCAGCUGAUGGAGGAGAUCUCUGUCGCCCCUGACCCACCAGCCAGGCCAAAGCCAUGCAAGAUCAAACCCAUGAGGUUGUUCCAGCCAGUGCAGUAUGGCACUAAGCCGGAGGGCCGAACCGUGUCGAUGUCCGGCACCCUGGCCCAGCGCACCCCCACACCCACCACAGCCUCCACCACCACCGCCACGGUGUCCCAGCCCGCACAGGCCCGCGGCAAGUCUCCUGUCAUGACGACCACGACUGCCAGCACAGCGCAGGUGGCUGGGAUGGCCUUACAGAAGGCCCAGACCGCCUCUCCAGCCAGCGGCACCGCCUGCACCCCGUCUGGGCUGGGGGGCCCUGCGGGUGGGGCCACGCCCCGGCUCGCCCUGCCCGCGGCCGCACAGGUCCCCCGGCCCCCCCAGGGCCCUGCCCACGCCGUGCAGCCCAGCCUGCUGCCUCAGAGGCUGGUGCUAACCCCCCAGGCCCAGGCACGCUUGCCUAGUGGAGACGUGGUGAAGAUCACCCAGCUGGCCUCCAUCGCAGGCAGCCAGAACCGCAUCUCCCAGCCCGAGACCCCCGUCACGCUGCAGUUCCAGGGCAACAAGUUCACCCUGUCCCCCAGCCAGCUGCGCCAGCUCACUACCGGCCAGCCCUUGCAGCUCCAAGGUACACUCGGCAACAUCCUGCAGAUAGUGUCGGCCCCCGGGCAGCAGAUCCUCCGGCCCCAGAGCUCCAUGGUGAUGCAGACGGUGUCUCCCCAGGCCCUGCCUGUGCCCAAUGCAGCGGCCACGCCCGGCGCCCUGCCCCCGGCCACCUCCUCCGCCCCGCAAGCUCCCGGGGUGGUAGCUAAAGCCACGGUCACAACAGCGGUCUCUGGGGACCACGGGACCAAUGCCAAGCCCUCACCCGCUCCUGCCAUCACCCCACAGGAGUCGUCUGAGGAGCGGACCCGCCUCAUUAAGGAGCGCCUCAAUCGGCUCUUUACGGCCAACGAGCGGCGCUGCGCGCGCGGGGUGCUGUACGGGGCGGACCUGCUGCAGGCCUGCGGCGUCUCCGAGGGCGACCGGCCGGCCCUCCCCUCCUCGGCCCGGGGGGUCCGCGGGUGGAGGUGGGUGGGGAGGGACAGCUGCCUCAGGGCCCAGCGAGCAUGCGUCUCCUCUGCCACCGCCCUGCGCACAGGCCUGACCUCCGCCCAGCAACAGCAGGAGGCCCGGGAGCAGCUGGCUAAGAGGUUCUCCUGCAUAGUUCCGGCUGCGGUGGCCCCUCCUCCUCAGCUGUACGUGGCCAAUCCCGCCCCUCGGUUCAGUCUGGAGCUGAAGGCGUUUAAACUGCGACUCCAGCAGGCCUCCGCCCCCCACAGCUCAGAGAUCCGCCUCCUGGCCUCCAGUCGUCUGCUCCAGUUCCCCGACCUGCAGCUGCUGGAGAUGGACUCAGGUAAGCUGGAGGCCCUGGCCGUGCUGCUACAUAAGCUGCACUCGGAGAGCCGGCGCGUGCUCAUCUUCACCCAGAUGGUCCGCAUGCUGGACAUCCUGGAGAUGUUCCUGGACCACCACCAGCUCACCUACGUGAGAGUGGACGAGAGCCUGCCCUUAGAGGAGCGACAGGAGCAGAUGAAGAGCUUCAACAGGAACAGGCAGGUGUUCUGCUCCAUCCUCACCAACCGCUGCGGUUCUGCUGUGGGACACGUCUUCGACGCCGACACCAUCGUCUUCUACGACACCGACCUCAACCCCAGCAUGGACGCCCGCACGCAGGAGUGGUGCGACAAAAUCGGGCGCUCCAAGGACAUCCACAUCUACAGGCUGGAGAGUGGAAACUCCAUUGAGGAGAAACUGCUGAAGAACGGAACCAAGGAUCUGAUACGAGAGGUGGCCGCUCAGGGCACUGACUACACCCUGGCUUUCCUGACACAGCGGACCAUCCAGGACCUGUUUGAGGUGGAGUCGGGUUCGGGGGAGAAGGUGGAGGAGUUUGUGGUCCUGCACCAGGAACCCUCUCCCUCCGAGACCAUCUCCCCCCGAGUGGCCCGUCCGUACAUCCAGGCCCUCAACAGCAUCAGCCAGGAUGCCCCCCAGGAGGAAGAGGCGGGACACCCGGCGGACAAGGAGGACCUGGGCGUGGAGCCGGAGGUCAAAGGUCAAGUGGAGACAUCCCAAAUGGAGGAGCUGGCAGCUGUGAUGGAGCAGUUGACUCCUAUUGAGAAAUACGCCUUGCAGUACCUGGAGUAUCUCCACGUGAGUGAGGAUGAAGAAAAGGCCGCACUGGAGAGACUGGACUGUGCAAAGAGAUGUUGGGAGAUUCAGCAUCUGCAGAAGCUCAAGGCAGAGGAGGAAGAGCGGCUGAUUCUGGAGGAAGAGGAAGACCUCUUCACGUACACCAGAGAAGACGCUUAUAACAUGGAGUAUGUCUUUGAUGGUGAAGAUGGCCAAACCGAAAUCAUGCCGGUGUGGACCCCACCCACACCCCCGCAGGACGACAACGACAUUUACAUCGACUCGGUCAUCUGCCUGAUGUACGACACGGUGCCCAUGCCAGAGUCCAAGCUCCCUCCCGUCUACGUUCGCAAGGAACAGAAAAGGCUGAAAAUGGAUCCGUCUGCAGCAGGCAGGAAGAAGAAGAAGGGGCACGGGGAGACGGUGAUCCCCCCUCGCUCGCUCUUCGACAAGGCCAGCAUGCUGAAGGUGCGGCGUGACGGAAAGGACCAGAAGAAGAACAUCUCCCUGAAGCAGCAGGCGCCCUUCGCCAAGCCGCUGCCCUCGCUGGUCAAACCCGCCAUGGAAGCCGGGCAGGACAACCCGGAGUGGCUCAUCAGCGAGGACUGGGCCCUGCUGCAGGCGGUGAAACAGCUGCUGGAGCUCCCCCUGAACCUCACCAUUGUGUCCCCGGCCCACACCCCCAACUGGGACCUGGUCAGCGACGUGGUCAACUCCUGCAGCCGCAUCUACCGCUCGCCCAAGCAGUGCCGCAACCGCUACGAGAACGUCAUCAUCCCGCGGGAGGAGGGCAAGUUGGUGUAUGAAGCGAACCCGAAGAAGAAAACCAAAAGCAUUUACAAGUCCAAAAACAGCCGACCUCUACGCACCUGCCAGAUCUACACCCAGGACGACAACUCCACCCACAUCCAGCUCUACAACAGUCGCUUCGAGCUGAUGAAGAUCAUCGCCAGCAAGAGGAGUCCUCCCAUCAAGCCACUGUUGGGUAUGAAUCCUUUCCAGAAGAAUCCCAAACAUGCUUCUGUCCUGGCGGAAAGCGGGAUCAGCUACGACAAGCCCCUCCCUCCCAUCCAGGUGGCCUCCCAGCGCGCAGAGAGAAUCGCCAAAGAGAAAAAGGCGCAGGCAGAGCAGCAGAGGGCUCAGCAGCUGGCCGCGCAGCAGCAGCAGCCCGGGACCCCCCAGGCCCAGCCCACCACCCCCCAGCAGCCGCCCCAGACCCCCUCCGCCGGGCAGGCCCAGCCCCCGGGAGUGCCCCAGGCGCAGGCCGUCACUGGGGCCGCAGCUGUACCCAACCCCACCGUCCUGGCGGGCGCCAUUAAGACCGCCGCGGCCGGGACCAGCAUACAGACAACCGCGGUGGGCGGGAACGUUAUCGUCAACACAGUGGCAGGUGUCCCUCCCAGCCCCUUCCAAGCCAACAAGCGCCUGGCCUCGCCUGUCAUCCCCGGAGCCCUGACGACCGCGGGCGCGACCGGGACACAGGUGGUGCACGCCCAGCAGAGGACCGUGUCCGCUGCAGCCGCCCCCGCCGAGGUGGUCGCUAUAGCGACGGGCCAGGGCGUGAGGGCGGUCACCCCGGCGACGGCCUCGACGGUGGUGUCCACCAGCCUGACCCCAGUGCAGACGCCAACCCGCUCCCUGGUCACACAGGUCACAGCAGCCACAGGGAUGCAGCUGUCCCAGGGGAAGCCGCUCACGCAGGCCCACCUCCAGAUGCUCCGGCAGCAGCAGCUGCAGCAGACGGCCCCCCCUCAGAUCAAAGCCGUGGGCAAACCCCAGCAGGAGCUGCUGAAGCUACACAAGCAGAAGCUGCAGUUGCAGCAGCAGCAGGUGGCGGCGGCCGUGGCCGCGCAGCAGGGCCAGCCGGGGGCAGCGCAGAGCCAGCCCCAGCAGCAGGGCGCCCAGGGGCAGCCCGCCCAGACAGCCCAGCCCAGCCCCCAGCUCACCGCCGUCUCAGCCCCCCGCACCGGAGCCGUGUUAGCCAGCACCGCCGUGGCUAACCUGCAGGUGGCCCGGCUGACGCGAGUCCCAGCCCAGGGGCAGAUGCAGGCUCAGGCUGCUCCCACAGCUCAGGUCACGCUCACCAAGCCCCCGGUGGUGUCUGUGCCUGCCGUGGUCUCCUCUGCGGGGGUCACCACCCUGCCCGUCACUGUGGCAGGCAUCAGCGUGGCCAUCGGGCAGGCGCAGAAAGCAGGUGGCCAGGUGGUGACGCACUCCUUCCCGCAGAUGCAGGUGCAGCAGCUGCUGCAGAUGAAGAAGCAGCAGGCGGCUGUGCAGGCGGCUGCAGCUGCGCAGCAGAAAGCUGUGCAGCCGCAGCCGGGGGGCGCUAGCGUGCAGCAGAAGCUGGCCACUCAGCAGGUGACUGUGCAGACACCCCAGCCCGCCCAGCAACAGAAGGUGACCUACGCCACCACCACGCAGCUCCAGCCCGGCAUCAAAACCCAGUUCUUCACCACCUCCAUCGCCCAGGCCCAGAAGCCCGCGGGCGCCCAGCAGAUCCAGGUUACGAAGCUCCCCACUGUGGCCAAUAUCCAGCAGAUAGUGUCUGCACCCCAGCAGAUCCAGGCGCAGCCGCAGACGGUGUCUCUGUCUCAGACGGUCCCCACGGCGCAGCAGCAGGUGCAGGUGAUCCCGGCCGCCACGGCCCAGGUGGUGCAGCAGAAGCUGAUGCAGCAGCAGGUGGUGACGGCGGCCCCCUCUCCCCAGAUGCAGACCCCGCCGCCCCACAGCCCGGCUCAGCAGGCCCCGCCCGCGUCCGCCGACUCCCCCGCUCAGCAGCAGGCCAAGACGCAGGCCCGCUCCGGGGCCGCCAUGCACGUCAAGACCCCCGCCAAGGCCAGCGGAGGGAGCGGGGCCAGCAGCUAGGGCCCGAGCAGCGGCGUGGCCCCUGUAACGGAGCCGCUAGAUACAGAGAACGUCUCUUUCCGUCUCUUUCGGUCUAUCUCGGUCUAUCUCGGUCUCUCUCUCUCUCCAUCGGUCUCUCUCUCCAUCUGUCUUUCUGUCUCUCACACCGCCUCUCUCUCUCUGUCUCUCACACUCGUACGCUCACUCGCACACACACAUCAAAUGCGAGAAACGGACCCUUUCUUUCCAGUGUGCAGUUAGGCCGUUACACUGUUCAGGUGUAGAAAUGCACCCUUAAGUGUAGCCCCAGAAUGUUUUACCGGUGUCAACAGGGAGGGUUGAGUGUGAGGUGCCCUCUGUGGGGGAGGGCAAGAGUGAGGUGCAUCUUCCACACCAUCACGAUUUUCUCCCUCCCUCCCUCCCUCCCUCCCACCUGGGAGUCCACCAUGCUCCGAUCAGCAAUUCAGCAUUAAUGACCACGUCUUGCUUUCUUUCCAAUAAGAUAAUCUUGUUGCAAAGGCAUAAUAUAAAAAUGUGCAGCUUGCAGGUCCAUGGGUAAUCUUAGUUGCGGAUUGCCUGCCUUGCGGGUAGGGUAAAAUAUGGAAUUAGGUAAGGGUGUGAGAAUAAAAGUGUCAUGUGUUUAUUACUCCCCCACCCCACUCACACACACUCUUUUCUAGCCCAGGCUCCAUCUUGACUUUUUGUUCAGACUUUAAUUUUGUAUAAUUUUUUUAUUUUUAUACUCGUCACAGUGGUUCAUUGUCCCUUUUGUUUACUUAAUCAUGGUCCGCUAUGAUACAUCUUGCUGCCGCAGCAAUAGGGAAAUGCAUUGACAGCUCUCAUAGAACAGCAUAGGUAAAGGUAGUUGAGGAAGGUACAUAGCCUGACUCAUCUCAUCUCACUAGUCGGUAAUUGACAACAUGCUGAAGCACACACAAAUUCAAUUGGUGAGCAGCUACUAAAUGCUCUCGCGUCCUGGUUUAUCAAAAACUCUGGCUGUCUCUUGCUGGUUUGUCUAAUGCAAAGAAUGAAAGUGACUUUGAACAGAUGAACAAUAGUAACAGACAAUGUACUUUUAUACUGUGAUACCACUGUAUUGAAUUUAUGAAAAUAAUAAUCUUCACCUUUCUGAAGUGGGCUACCCAUCGAUUACAAUCCAUAAAUGAAAAAAAUUGUGGAAGAUGACUUUUUUUUCUAACAGAACUUCAGUUCUAAAAUGAUGCAUUUUGUUAUCAAUUAUGGUUACUGGUGUAUUUUGUACGUUAUGAAUAUGCUGUAAAAAAAAAAAAAAAAAAAAAAGUAGUGAGGUCUAGUGUUCAGUUUCUCGUCGUGUAUUUUAUUGCUGUAUUGAAAUACAUGUAAAUAACCUAUUGAAAAAGACAUUUGUAUUUGUAAAGUAGUCGUGUUCAUUCUUUUUCCAAUCUAAUUGUAAUAAAGUGUUUGUUUUUA